AUGUCCGACACCACUCAGAAGUCAUGCACUCGCCCACAGAACACCAACAAGCACCCAGGCUUGCCUGACCUGCCAGCAAAAGGACGUCAGCGAUGGACUAAGGCCCAGAUAGUAGAGGACAAGCGAAUUCUUAAGGAAUCGCGCGAAGUUCAAGAGCAGGCUGUGCUUGAGGGACUGCAACAGCUUGCAGCCAUGCAGAAAGAAAUGGAAAAGGCGGAGGAACUCACCAUCGUGAACAAGCCAAAGCCAAAGGUCCUGACAACAGAAAACGCUGAUGAAAGUGGUCAAGAUGACAGUGGUCAUGUUCAAGAGGAAACCAGUGAGAAGUUGAAGACUCAAAAGUGUGGCAAGAUCUCACUAAAAGAUGCAAUCAACAAUGCACAAGAUUCAAUCGCAAUGCCAGGAAUCAGAAGCCAGGAACCACAUGUUGAAGACAAGAAAGGAAAGUCGUCUGCAAAGUCAACCAACUUAAAGUUUUCAUUGGCUGGACAUGUCAAUGGCUGGGUAUCUGAUAUUGCACCAGAUGAGAGGUCCAAAGCUUCAAGUGCUUCCAAGUCUUACACCGCUGCUUCCCCUUCUCAUUGGCACAUGGGCCCAGCACCCAGGUUACAUCUGUAUCAGGUUCUUGUUGGCAGCUUUGCCAAUGACACUUUGGAUGAUUCCCAGGAAUACCUUGAAACAAUUGCCUUGAAAACAAAGGAGAAGAAGUCUUUCAUUAAGAUCACUACCAACACGAGGACCGAUGAUGCGACAAUGGGCUCGAAGGGACAGUCUGACCUCAAUGUGCCAAUGGAUGCAGAGGCCUCUAUGCCAUCAGACUUCGAGGCAGACUUCGAGGAUGACGGCCCAACAGACUUCGAGGACAAUGAUCCGAUGGACGCAGAGGAUGAUGUGGAGAAUGACGUGGGGGUUCUGGAGGACAACUUCAAACUGAACAAAGAUGUGAAGAUGUCUGAGGACAGUGACGGUGGUAGUGAUUUAUCAUUCCACCAUCUGAAUAACAAGAAGUGCAAGCUUGCUAGUGUGCACACCAAACCCCACAGGGUCUUGUUUCGCUUAUCAUCCUCAGAUGAGGAACAUGAGGCUCCGCUUACAGCUGUUGUUGGAGUGGUCGCAAAGAAGGCCAUGCGGGUAACAUCUUUAACUUCAGUCGCUGUCUCCAAGGCAGCUGCUACAGCAAAGCCACCUGCGAAGAAGGUGAAGACUGAAAACGGUGCCGAUGAUGAUACGAAACACAUGCUCGUUCCAUUGCCCAGUCACUGGAUCGAGAAGCGUUAUAAGUCACGCUCAACCUACCGCAACAGUGAUCUCCCUCCGCAAUGUCAGGAUCAAUGGUGGCCCAAACAUUUUCUCUCGACCCUUUACCUGUGGGCCAGCAGCCAAAAUGAUCUCUGGCAGUUUGCAGAUACCUCUCUUGUUGAAGUGCUUCAAUCCAUUUUUGAUGUCGUGUAUCCAGAUCUCCAGUACAAGGUGACUGCUCAGGGAUCUGUCUUUGGUGUUGCUACUCAGCGUCUGGCAGAGUGGCGCAGCAACUUCGGUUCAACAGGACUCACAAUUAUGAUCGACUUCUUCGCUCAGAACAAAGACACUAAUCCAAAAGACCUUAGUGAAGCGCUUAUGGAGGAGUUCAUGUUCCUCUUUGAGGACUUGGACCACUCAGACAAGAUGAAAGCAUUCCGGUCUCCUUUCAUGAUAUAUAUUGUUGGACAUACUCAUGUCACCGCCAUCAAAACAGAUGUAUUGGCUGCCAGUGGCAUGGCUGGUGUUCUUGCUCUCUGCGCAACUUCACUCAAAUGUGCUGUCAAAUGCCUUGGUGCUGGUGCCAUUGAUAUUGAUGCAGACAUCCUCGAUAUGUGUCCUGCACAACUGAAGCGCAAGCUGCGCACACCGAAGACCCUCAACAAGUAA